UUUCUUUGGAGAAAGUGGGAGGAGGAAGAGGGAAAUGCCAGAAGUUCAGGAGUUUGGAAAUUUGUCCCAUCCCAUCUUUGAACUCAACACCACAUCUCCUCUGGUUUGAGACUGGGAGGUUGUCUGCCUCUUUGUCUCAACCACCCCCCCACACUCAGGACUUCUCUCUCAUUCAGUGAACCUAUCACUGCUCUGCUCAACUACCUUCCUUCAGGAGGUGCUGGAAAAGUCAGCAAGGGGAAUAUACCAAAAGGAUAAUGACCAAAAGUCCAGCUUGCAGUCAUUUUACAUAACUGAAACCAUUUUUCUUCCAAAGCAAAUACAGUGGAGUACAGCUACUUCAGCUCAGGGUGUCCCCUUUGUUUCUUUGAAGAUGAGGAGGCAUCGGUUGUUACCACUGUGUGCCCUUCUGGGUGUCCUGUUUGCAGGGCUUCUCCCUAAACUUGAUGCUCAGGAUGAUUGUACACAAGGGUUGGCAGCUGAUAUGUACUUUCUAGUGGAUUCAUCCUGGAGUAUGGGAGAGGAGAACUUUGAGCAUGUCAGACAAUUUCUGUACAGUUUGAUACAAUCACUGCACCAGGUUGGAGGGGACAGGUUUAAAUUCGCCCUUGUGCAGUACAGCACCUGGCCUGAAACUGAGUUCCAGCUCAACAGUUACCCAACAAUACAGGGAGUCCUGGAACACAUCAAGGCUAUGUCUUAUCGUGGUGGGGGUACCAAGACCGGCCUGGGCCUGGAAUUCCUGUUACGUACACACUUGACCACUGCUUCAGGCAGCCGUGCUGUUGAAGGAGUGGCCCAGGUGGUGGUGGUGCUAACAGAUGGGCGGUCCCAGGAUGACGUGGCUGAGCCAGCUCAGGUGCUGCGGCUUGCAGGCGUGGAGGUGUUUGCAGUUGGAGUUCAGGAUGCAGUGGACUUGGAACUCAGAGAGAUGGCUAGCCAGCCCCAUGACACGCAUAUGUUCAGUGUAGACUCUUUUUUGACUUUGGCCGAUAUAAUCCAAGAUUUAGUAGUGGGGCUUUGCGGCGCAGUGACCUGGUCAGGGGGUGCUCCUGUGGCAAAUGAGGCCCCUGUGACUGGAGGAGGGACAGCACAAGAUUCAGCUGACCUAGUACUCUUAAUUGAUGGAUCACAGAACAUUGGAGCAGAAAACUUCCUCCUUGUGCGUGAUUUGGUAUUGAGAAUCAUUGAGCAACUUGAUGUGGGCAGGGACACUAUUCGUGUGGCCUUGGCCCUGUACCACACCAAUCCGGAGAUAAAGUUCUAUCUAAAUAGCUAUGAAAGCAAAUCGUCAGUCCUGGAAGUUGUGAAGGGCCUCGCCUACUCAGGGGGUGACGAAUCUAACUUGGGCACUGCCUUGGAAGUGGCUGAAACCCUUUUCAGCCAAACAGCUGGGGGCAGGGCAAAUGAGGGUGUGCCCCAGGUGUUGGUGGUUAUCAGUGCUGGGCCAUCCACUGAUGAUACUGGUAGUGGUGACCGGGCCCUUAAGAGGGCUGGUGUUAUCACAUUAGGCGUGGUGAUCGGUGACGCUGCCACUGCAGAUCUGGAAGCAGUUGCUACAGAUAAAAGUUUUGUCCUGCCAGCUCCUGAUUUCAGAGAACUAGCAAACAUGGAUGACCAGCUGCUCCCAUACAUUAACGGGGUGAUCCAAGGCACCAUUAUAGUUCAGAAUGAGUACUCACAAGUCUUGGCAGUUGGAAAAAGAGACAUCAUUUUCCUAAUUGACAGUACAAUGGGCCCAGCUGUCAUCAACAUUGUGCGUGAAUUCAUCAAGGAUUUUGUCAGCAAAAUGCCAAUUGGUCCAGACGCAGUCCAGGUGGGUGUGGUUCAGUUCAGCAAUGUCCCUGGAUUUGAGAUCGGCCUCAACUCCCAUGGAUCCAGCGAGGAAUUAAUUGCUGCUUUGGGCGCCAUCAAACCAAGAUCUGGACAGACGGUCAAUAUUGGAGCAGCCCUGGAAUUUGUGCGUGAGAAUAUGCUGCGACCUGACAGGGGCAGUCGAAUUCAAGAACAAGUACCCCAGCUUUUAUUUUUGAUCACCAGUAAAAAGUCCAGUGACAGUGUGGAAGAACCUGCUAGGGCACUGCUGAGAAUGGGCGUACUGACUCUGACUGCAGGCGUCAAGGCUGCAGAUGAGGAGGAGCUGAAGCGGAUUGCCUUUACUGACAGCGUUGUGUUCAUGCACAAGGACUUCCGCGGACUAUUUCGGAACCCAAGGGCCAUUACUGAUGCGCUCUCUACUCUAGCUGGAGUGGUGGUGACUGAAGGACCCACUGAACCAGUGGUGGAGAUAACCACAGUGCAUACUCAAAGAGUGGUCCGAGACAUUGUCUUCCUUGUGGAUGGCUCAAACUACAUUGGCAGCGCUAACUUGCCUUAUGUGAGAGACUUCAUUAUCAAUGUGAUCAACCAGGUGGAUGUACGUCCUGACAGGGUCCAGAUUGGUCUCCUACAAUUUGCUGAACAUCCAAGAGUUGAAUUUUAUCUGAACAGCUACAACAACAGGCAGGAUGUUGUGAAUAAAAUUUCUCAACUCAGGCUGACUGGAGGCUCAGUUUUGAAUACAGGAGCUGCCAUGAAUUAUGCCCUCUCCACCAUGUUCGAGCCAUCAGCUGGGUCACGCAAGAGGCAGGGAGUCCAUCAGGUGUUGGUUCUGAUCACAGGUGGUCCAGCCCAGGAUGAAGUUAAAACUGUGGCUGAUACGUUGGCUCUGCAAAACAUUUUGACCUUUACAGUCAGUUCUGGCCAAGCAGAUGAAGAACUCCUGAAAACAGUUGCCUUUGUUGAGGAUUUGGCUUACCAUGAAGCAAGGUUCUCUAAUUUGCCAGCUGUGGCUGAAAUAAUCAUGCCAAAGUUGAUCACAGUUGUUGGUGAUACAGCAGUAACUGAGGAAACUGUUUUUGUUUCAGGAGUUGAAAGAGAUGUUGCCUUCCUCAUUGAUGGCACAGAUGACGUUCGAGCAGAUUUUACCCACAUCCGGAAUUUUAUCCUUAAAGUAAUUGAACCACUCGACAUUGGGAUUGACAAGGUACGAAUUUCCGUGGUCCAACACAGUGAGAGGCCCAUUCCAUCUUUUUAUCUUAACACUUACCAAACCAAAGAUGAGGUGACAAGAGCUGUCAACACGAUGUCACCGGUUGGUGGACAAAAUCUAAACACAGGAAAUGCUCUAAAAUUCAUGAAGGACAACAUCUUUUCUGAAAGGAAUGGAGGCCGGGGUGCACAACAAGUCCCUCAGAUACUGAUCAUUUUGACUGCAAGCAGGUCCAGGGAUAAUGUGAAAGAGCCUGCUGGUGUCCUGAAGAAAGAAGGUGUGGUACCAUUUGGUAUUGGUGUCAAGAAUGCAGACCCAAAGCAGAUUGAGGCGAUGUCAUACAACCCUUCUUUAGCCGUCAAAGUGAAUGACUUCACUGAGCUUAGCACUGUACCAGAAAGGAUCAAAAGCUAUGUGAGCCUUCCAAGGGAACAGAUGAUCAUCACCAUAGAGCAAGCUGAGUCGCGGGGCCCCCGGAAGGAUAUUGUUUUCCUUGUUGAUGGAUCUGAUGGCGUUGGACGGGAAUUUCCUAUCAUCAAGGAGUUUAUCCGCAGGGCCGUGGAGAAUCUCAACGUGGGCGAGAAUAAGAUCCGAAUAGGCGUUGUCCAGUAUGGUGACUCUCCUCAGGCUGACAUGUAUCUGAACUCAUAUACAACUAAACAAGGUGUUCUCAAUGCUGUUGGGGAAAUAAGACAGCGAGGAGGAAGACAUCGUAACCUGGGUCAGGCUUUGCAGUUUGUCAGUCAGGAUGUUCUGACAGCAGCACGUGGUAGCAGGAAGCAAGAGGGUGUACCACAGUUUGUAAUUGCCGUCUCCAGUGGACCUUCUUCGGAUGACAUAAGGCAUGCAGCAUCUUCCCUCAAGCAAUCUGGAGUGCUUCCUUUUAGCAUUGGGACCAGGGACGUUAACCCUGCAGAGCUCCAUGUGGUGUCAUACGUUCCUAAGUUUGCGUUCACUGUAGAUGACCUCCCUGGCCUGUACAUAGUACAAAAUAAGUUGCUCACAGCUCUCACUGAACUGUCAGAUGAUGAUAUUGCCAGGAUGCAUCCGGAAUUCCCAACAUAUGAUGUAACCAGACCAACCACAGAAGGAGAAAAGAGGGAUGUUGUGUUUUUAAUUGAUGGCACAACAGCAACACGUAGCGAGUUCCCUUCCAUCCGUGACAUGAUAAGAAGAGUUGUGAAUAAGCUGGAUGUAGGAAUGGAUAAGGUCAGAAUUUCAGUGGUACAGUACAGUGAUGACCCAAAGUUAGAAUUUCUUCUGAACGAAUUCUCCACCAAGCAAGAGGUACAACAGGCUGUGGGAAAACUUCGAAGCAAAGGUGGAAACCAUCUAAACACAGGUCAAGCUCUUGAGUGGGUCUCUAGAAACAUCUACCAGAGGUCGGCAGGAAGUCGCAUUGAGGAAGGGGUACCUCAGUUCCUUUUCUAGUCACAGGUGGCAAGUCUACAGAUG